AGGAAGGAAGGAAGGAAGGAAGGAAGGAAGGAAGGAGGUGAUAUACUAACUACAACACACAGCUAUAUCCACCCUUUGUGCCCUGGUAAUAAUAAUAAUAAUUCUGGGAGAUAAUUAUAAUUGUUAUUAUUGAUGAUGAUGAUGAUAAUAAUAAUAAUAAAAAUAAUAAUAAUAAAGUUGGAAGGGACCUUGGAGGUCAUCUAUUUCAACCCACUAUUCAACCCGGAGAACCUAUUCCAUUCUGAACAAAUGGCUGUACAAACACUUGUUAAAAUCCUUUUAAAAAUGAUCAGAAACACGAAGAUCACUCAAGCCCUCAUAUCACUGGAAUAUGAGCCAGCAGGGUGCUGCAGCUGCCAAAAAAGGCAAGGCAAUCCAAGGCUGCGUGUCUAGGGCGAUUCUCCAUCCUCCAGAGUGUGAUUGUCCCACAGGUGGACUUUCCUGUUUUUCUAACCAGAGGCUGCAUUAACAGGGAUUUGGGGCCUGUCUCCGUGGGCGCCCAAUGCCAGGUCAAAACCUCUGAGCGGGCGUUCAUCCAAGCCUGCUGCAGUUUCCUGAUCUCCUCCAUCGCAUCAGGGAACAGCAGUCCACUCUGUUCUUUCUGGAAAGAUGCUUUCCAUGCUUCCUAAGUCAUUUAUGGAGCGUGAGAAGCGCUGACUGGGCGAUGCGAUCAAUGGUCCAAUCUGAUUCCCUUUGGGGGUCAAUUAGAAUAGAGCCGGAAGGGACCUUAGAGGUCUUCUAGUCCAACCUCCUGCUCAAGCAGGAGAUCCUGUACCCUUUCAGAUAGGUGGCUGUCCAGUCUUUUCUUAAAAGCCUCCAAUGAUGGAGCACCCACACCUUCUGGUGACAAGCUGUUCCGCUGGUUAAUUGUCCUCACUGUGGGGAAGUUUUUCCUUAAUUCCAGGUUGCUUUUUUCCUGGAUUCUUUUCCAUUCACUAUUUCUCCAAAGAGAACAGGUCGUGCCCCUCUUCUCUGUGGCAGCCCCUCAAAUAUUGAAAUACAGCCAUUAUGUCCCCCCUUUUCCCAUUCUUUUCUCUAGACUGGCCAAACCCAUAUCGUGCAACCGUUCUUCAUGUUUUUUGUCUGCAGGCCUUUGAGUUGCUCUUCUCUGCACUUUUCCCAAAAUCUCAACAACUUUUUUGUAACGUGGUGACCAAAACUGGAUGCCACAUUCUCCAGAAGCCCCCCAAUCACCCUUCUUGCUCUUUGCUUGAGCAGGAACUCCUCAUUCCCCCCUCCCACGAUGUCAGCCUAACCUCAGCUGGGGAGAGGGGGGACCUAGGGGAUGGGAAGGUGGUGAGAACCUGGGCAGGGGAGAUGGGCCAGCCACAGGGGCGGGGCUUCUGGGGAAUGGGUGUGGCCUCUGCACAGGUAAGAUCCCUUACCACCUGAGGCUCCUCCAGGCUGACUGUUGGGAUUGCUCACUUUGCGUCCGUGCCUGCCAGAUUCUCUCUCUCUCUCUCACCAGCCCCAUGACGCACUCCCAGAUGCCAGUCCAGUCCCUUCUCUGCGCCCUCGUGAUGCUGCCUCUGGGGAGGCCCACGGAUCUUUCCCCCAUGCCCAUCGCAAAUGGGGAGGUGGCGAGAGCCGCAGCCUUUGCCGUGAUGGAAUACAACAAGGACCGGCAUGACAUUCCCACCUACUUUAAGUCAGUGCAAAUUCUCUACGGGCAAUCACAGGGGGAUCUUCCAUUCAAAUACCGUUUUACUAUCAGGUUGGUGAGAACUGCAUGUGUAAAGAGGCCCGGUACUACAAUGGCAUAUAAGAAGGUCCAGGAAUGUGAUCAAAUUCCAGGCUAUCUGCAAGUAACCUGCAACUUUAAAGUCACAUCCCAUCAGGGGGAUACUAUGACCUUGGACAUCAAAAAAUGCUCUGAUUCUCUUGACAACAAUUGGAAAUGGAAUUCCUAAAUUCGCAUUUCCUGAGUUUAUGAAAUUGUUCCUUGACAUACACAGAGGCCUUUCCUGGCGCUUCUGUUUUGUGUAAUUUUCAUGUUUGACAGGAAUCACUGUUUUGCUAAUUCAGUCGAUUAGUCUUAAUAAAGCGAUCAUCAUGACGUUCCGUCUUGUCUUCCUUUCUUGUCCCAAUCCCAUCCAGCCUUCCCAUUUUCACGGCGACAGCACAAUGACACCACGGCUUGUUCAAGAAAGCCUCCAGCCAUUUGGGGUACUUUCCAAACUUCUGGAAACUUUGAUCCGUUUGAGAGUUUUCAAGAACCACAAUUAAAAUUUUUAACAGAAUUAAUACUGCUUGUUUCCCAAAUUCUACUC